UAUCGAUUGCCGGCUACAAAACAUAAACAAACUUUGAUUUAAUUUAAUUUAAUUCGUUAUAAACAUGCCUGUAAAGUAGCCACACUCUGAUACUUCACUUUGGUAUCCUCGUGCACUGUUGUGCCAUUUAAAUUGUAUACAAAUACAAUACGACAAGGGCUCCGACACAGAAUCAACUGCCAAAACACAACAAAGCCUAUAAGACAACAAAUAUCUCCGUAAAAAAGUUAACUUAUUGCCGAGCAUGUCUCUUUUUCCCGCCUAUGGCGGUGGCCAGUCCUCGGAGGCUGUAAGUGCCAAGGAGCCGGAGGAGGCGGCAGCAACAACAAGCGCGGAUUGGCGAAACAACGAGAGCUACCUCACAAAACCCAUGUCCGAGGGGGCUGCAGCCACUUUGGAACCGAAUCCAGACACCGUCACGACCAGCGACGAAUCCUCCUCCGCCGAGGAGGAGGAUAAGCCAGUCCCCGAGGCCGAGGAGCUGCCAAGGGCUAAGCCACUGGAGUUCGAUGCCAGAGAUGAGUUCUUUGUGGACAAGAAGAGCAACUCGUCCCUCAGAAGCAUUUCCACUCUGUCCAAACCCGCACAACCACUGUACAAAAUCAGGAUGAGCCGUCUCCGGGAUCCGCACAUUAAUCCACGCUAUUCGGCGACUCGCUCCAAGUUGUCCUCCUCCGCGAAGAGCAGUCGCUACACCAGGAAACCCCUGGACUUCGAUGCUCUCGCCUCAGAGCCUACUCUCCGGAUCCAGGAGCAGCUCAUCCAGACCAAGGCGCUCGCCCAGCAGCAACCACAGGUGCUGGACCACUGGCUGCAGCUGCAGCGGCUCAUCAAUUUUAAUGUGUACAAGGCCAACCGGCUGGCGGUGGCGGAGGAGGAGCUUCGCACCCUCGAAACAGCCCUGGAGCACCAUCCCUCCAACGAGCGCAUCCUACGGCUCUACUCGGACAUAGCCAACGCCACCUACCCGGCCAGCGAGGUCGCUGCUCGCUUUGAGAAAAUGCUGGAGAAGAACCCAUUCGAGUACACCCUGUGGACUUCCCUAAUCAUGGUCACCCAGGGCAACAUGGCGCGUUGCACUGUGCCGGCCGUGCUCCGGAUCUACGAGACCAGCAUGCGCAGGAUGCAGGUGGGACACACCGAUGAGAUCAGCCGGAAGUUCGCCACCGUGGACACGGAUCGCAUCAUGCUGAAGCUGUUCCACAACUGUGUGCUGUUCCUGCGCCAAUCGGGCAACAUGAACAAGAUGUUUGCCCUGCUCCGCCUGACAAUGGAGUUGAACUUCCCGGGACUGACUGUGGACUGCUUGGAGGCUUGUACUGCGAACGAAAAACUAUUGAUUGAGUACGAGGAGCUGGUGCUGCAUUCGGGAAUGCCCAUGCCGGAGAUCUGGACGCGAGUGGAGCGACUGCGGCAGGCCUACUGCUAUCUGCCCUAUCCGCAGUUGGUGCCUUCGGCCGAGGAUCAGGUGGAGAGAGGUCUGGACAGCCAACGAUGCAUCUACAGCGACGACGUUGUGCCCUACGCGCAUGCCCUUAAGUCGCCGGAGAAUCGCUUGCACCUGCUACUCCUCAUUGUCCAGCACACGAAGAUGCCCCUGGUUCGCAGCUCCUGCCUGGCCGCCAAACUCAAUCCCUGCAUCGACGAGUUCGGCGAGUCCGAGGCCAUUGAGAUGCUGUUCGCCGGCUUGGCCGACAGACACUCCUAUGUCAUGCCCUCAUCCAGAAAUGUUGGCUUCCACGCAGCUCUGAUAAACUUGGCCAAGGAGAUGAGCGUUACGCCCAGCUUCAUGCCGCACUUUAUGGGCCACGAACUGUAUGGGGCCACCGUCAGCGGGCUGCUGCUCAAAUGCUGCGAAGCCUUCGGCGCGGAGGAGAGCAAGCGCCGGGUGUUCCUGCUCUUGUGGCUGAGAUUCCAGCGACUCCUUGUGGUGCUGAACAAACUGAUGGGCAAGCUGACCAAGGCCCAUUUGAAGGAGACACGCGAUCGGAUUCGCAACCAGAUGCGUUUACCGGAGAAUCGAGGGGUCCUGCGUUUCUACACGGAGUUGGCCAUGUGCGAGUUCGAGGGCCUAGAGCAGGGCGAUGAUGACAGUCGGGUCUUCGACAUAUUUCGCAAGAUCAUCGCCGCCGAAUCGGAGUCGGGCAGCCAGUUCACUUGUCCGGACCUGAUGCAUGCCUAUUUGGUUUGUGCCGAGAUGCUGAUACAACGGAGUCGAAGGGACGAGGCAGUCCAAGUGCUCAGCUGCCUGUCUGCGGGCCAACAUGUGGGUGCAGGGACAACCAAUGGAAUUAAGGCUUGCCUGGAGAGAGGACUGGAGCUGUUGAAGGAGGAGGUGAAAGUCCUGGACACACUGCCAGCUGAGAUGCCCUUGGAGGAGUACUUCCUGCCCAACAAACUGCUCAUCCUGUUGCGCGCUACCUGCUUGCUGGGCAUGCUGGACUAUCGCUACUCGGAGGUGGAAAGCACGUUUGAUGAGUUGCUGCAGGACCAACUGGGGCCGGAGGCCGCACACGUCAGCGAACGGCGGCGCUUCCUCCGCGAGCAGGUCUUGGAGAUUAGGAUCCUUCAGCUGCAGUUGCCCAUUCCCCCGCCUGGCGAGGUGGAGAAAGUGUACCUUGAGAAGAGGAGAAGCAAUCGCCAGGCGCUCGGAUACGUGUUGCUGAAGCAGCUAGUGGAUCGCGGACUCCACGAGUUCCCGCGCAACAUGAUGAUGCUCCAGACUUGGGCCGGAUUCCAUACGAUGAUGUGGCACAAGCAGCGCGCGCGCCUUAUCCGCACCAAGGCGGGCAUUGUGUCCCUGCUGCACUUGGUCAUUGCCGCCAACAGUCGCUUUGCGAAUGCAGGCGACGAGGAUCCGCUCCUGGGCGCCAGAGAGCCCUACAUCCAGGCGGCGGUGCGCAAUCGCUUGCUCAGCAUGUUCGAGACCUUUCUCGCGACCAACCAGAACCGCUCGGAGAUCGAGGCGGAGCAGUACCGCGUGCUGCGCCGCAACUCGAUCUACUGGCGCCUGUACCUGAAGUGCCUGUCCGACACGCGGACCAGCUUCGAGCGCAGCAAGCACGUCCUGCUGACGGCCAUCGACGAGUGUCCCUGGGACAAGGCCCUGCUGAUGGAGGGCGGCACUGUGCUGCCCAACGAGCUGCCGUUCCUGCAGGACCUCAUGACCGAGAAGGAGCUGCGCAUGUACGCUCUGCCCGAGGAGCUGGACAUCUUGCGCAACUAGCCACCCGACUGUUUCUACAAUUUGUACUGUGAAUGUAUUUUGUUACCCAACCUGGUUUAGUUUAACUAGUGUAAUUAAAAUUGAUACGCCGAUCAACAGAUCUUA